CCUUCAUCUUCCUUCAGCGUUUACCAACCAAAUAAAAAGAAGGCCAAAGGUGGUAGAUGCAUGAGCCUCAAACACCACCACAACUCAAAACUCAUUAAACUCUUCUCCUUUUUUUCUUUUGUUUCUUCUCAAGAAGUAUAUCUAGAGCUAUAUUGUCAGUUACCACCCCUCUUUUAAAAGUUUUGCGGUUGACUGUUUCUGCAAAGACUAAUCCUGGGACAUUGGCUCCUUGCGUUUGUUCUCUUCUGAGAUUGGUGUCUUCUUGAUGCGUUUUCUUUUCGCUGCGUCGUGUUACUAUUUGUGAAUCCAUGAAAAAAGGUGGUGGCGGUGGUGGUGCAGAGAAGUAAACAAUUUCAAAAGUCAAUAUGGUGAGCUUAAGAAGGCGCAGGCUACUAGGACUUUGUUGUGGACCAAAUGGUUAUGUGACACCGCUUCCUUUUCUAACUGCUGAAGAGAUGAUCACUGGGAUUCCGAAUCCUAAUGGCGUAGCAGCUUAUAGUCCCGUGCCUAAGGAGGAGAAAACGCCUAUUGUAGAAGGGUCACGCUCCCAGAGGCAAAGAACUCCUUCAAAAUAUCUUAUGCAAUUCAGGUCUGAUUCCUCAGCUAUUUCACCGGAUGAUUAUGGUUCCAUCUCUCCUAAAAUGGAGCAAGACGUGUGUGAUUCAGACCAGCCGCUAAAACGAAGAAAGCGGCAUAGAAGAAAGCAAGUAAAAAACCAAGAACCAUGUUUGAUGAGGGGAGUCUAUUACAAGAACAUGAAAUGGCAAGCAGCCAUUAAAGUUGAGAAGCGACAGAUCCACUUGGGAACUUUCUCUUCUCAAGAAGAGGCUGCUCGUUUAUACGAUAGGGCUGCUUUCAUGUGUGGAAGGGAACCAAACUUUGAGCUCUCGGAAGAGGAUAAACUAAAACUCAAACAACAAAGCUGGGAAGGGUUUUUGGCUUGCACACGCCGAAAAAUUAUUAACAAAAAACCUAAGAGAAGGAUGGAGCAAGAUGAACUGGAAUAGGGGGGUGGGGUGUAAGUGAUGAUAAGGAGAUCAAUGGUAAUUAUGCACGCUGUUUACAUGAAGAAAAAGAAGAACGAGAUUCACAAAACGUGACUAUUCUUGCAGACAGUUUUUUUUGGCAGUGGGUACAGAGACUCGAAUACGAAGAAAAUGUUAGAUACAUGAGGCUUAAGAGAAAUAUCAAACAAACAAUAGAUAUUUUUUUUUUUUUGUAGUUAUAUUUAUUCAGACAUGAUUUAUGUAGCUUAUAACUUACAGGUAUGUUACUUGAUAUAUUACAAAGAUUUAUUAAAUUUGA